AUGGAGGAAGAAUCGGAGGAGGAAACGCCUCAGGUAGACAAGAUGUCAAUUUUGCAGCUUCCGCAGAAGCAACUUGCCAGAGCCAGCUCGCAGCAGAGAUUGGAAGAUCUCUCGGUACGCCAGCUGGGAUAUUGCGUUGCUGGUAUCUGCAAUGUUUGUCUUCCUUCGGACAUCAUUGAGAUUGGCGGCGAAUCCGAGAGCAUCCACAAAGAGUCUGCGGCGAGAUUCAAGAAGCAGAAGAACCGCGAGAAGGAAACGACAUCACUGGAGAAGGCGGUUCUUUUGCAACUGUUCUACAUCUUGGAGUCUCAUUGUUUUGAUCUUUCCAUGUUGUGA